AAGACCCUCAUGAGAUCUGGGAUCCAGUAUAACAAGAUAAGGAUGUUUCACGCUCGGUGAAGUCCGUUGGUCGUGUCGUCUGGAACUGCAUUUGGCAAUAAAGGUCAGCAACAUGCUCAGUAUCAUUUGUUCCAGACAAGUACUUCGACCAGCCCUCAACGUCCAAAAAUAAGAAGUCGUUGUAUUGCAAACGUUGCUAUCAUGGUGAAUUCUGUUUUCAGCACAGCCUUCUACAAUAUCUACUUCCAACCACUUUCCGCAUUUCCCGGCCCUCCUACUAUCCAGAGCCCUCUACGCUCCCUUCCUCCACUAUAUGCUCAUGGGCCGUCUUGCCCACACUGUCAAAGGAUCUACACGAUCACUAUGGCCCGUGGUUCGCAUCAGUCCCUUCUGAACUGUCGUUCACCGACCUUUCCGUAUGGACAGCUAUUUACCAAAACAAAGCUUUCAUGCGACCUUCCUGGUAGUGGGGAAACCUCCUGGUUUCCAUGUAGGCAGUUUGAUUUCUGCUUUACUGGAGACCAUGCGCAGUUUGGGAAAGUGCUUGCUCCGGCUUUCCCGGAGAAGGCUAUUGCUUUGUAUGAGCCAAUUGUCAGCAUUUACGUUGAUAGUUUGGUUAGCAAGUUCGAGCAGGAAGUUGAGAAUGGUUCUGUAGCGCGGGUGGUUGAUAUCGUGCCUUGGGUUAAUUGCACUACAUCAGACAUCAUCAGUAAUCUCGGAUGGGGAUUAUCGAUUCGCUGUCUGGAGCAGCAGAAUUAUCACCCAUGGGUUACAGUCGUUCUCCAUUUUGAAGCUAUGAUAGUGACUGCAGCGCGGAGCUGCUAUCCCACCCCCAAGAAACUGGUAUCGCACAUCACGCCGAAAUCAGCACUUGCCGGACCCAACUUGGUAUUGUCCCCUUUGGAAGCGAACGUUAAAUCACGACUGCACCGAAAGACAAAUUGA